UUAUUUCAUUUUAUCUUCAUCGAUGGAUAAGACAGUGAGACUGUGGCAUAUUUCGAGAAGAGAGUGCCUUUGCUGUUUUCAGCACAUAGAUUUUGUCACCGCCAUAGCAUUUCAUCCAAGAGAUGAUCGUUAUUUUUUAAGCGGGUCCUUGGAUGGAAAACUGAGACUAUGGAAUAUACCAGAUAAGAAAGUUGCUCUGUGGAACGAGCUUGAUGGGCAGACAAAGCUUAUUACAACGGUCAGUUUUUGUCAAAAUGGCAAAUUUGCCGUAAUAGGUUCUUAUGAUGGACGAUGUAUUUUCUAUUAUACCGAACAAUUAAAAUAUUACACACAAAUCCACGUACGUUCCACUAGAGGAAAAAAUGCACAGGGUCGAAAAAUUAGUGGAAUCGAACCCAUGCCAGGAGAAGACAAGAUUCUAGUCACUUCUAAUGAUUCUCGUAUCAGAUUGUACGACCUGUGUGGUCUCACUCUGUCUUGUAAAUAUAAAGGUUACGUCAAUGUUAGCAGUCAAAUCAGAGCAAGUUUUAGUCAUGAUGGUAAAUAUGUCAUAAGUGGUUCUGAAAAUCAAUUUAUAUACAUCUGGAAAACUCAUCAUGAUUAUUCAAAGUUUUCCUCAGCCAGGAGAGAUCGUAAUGAUUACUGGGAAGGAAUUAAAGCUCACAAUGCAGUAGUAACGACUGCCGUUUUUGCUCCGCAUCCUCAUCUGAUUUCUUGUCAGUUGGACCAAAACGAACAGCACUGUAGUACAACCGAUGGCUGUUAUGUAAUUGCCAGUGCAGAUUUCAGUGGUGCUAUUAAAAUAUUUAUAAAUAAACCAAAGACAAAGUCUUCUGGUGCAACGGAAAUGCCUGCAUCCUAGUCUAUUAGUAAUAAUAUCCAAACAUUCUGUACAGAUAUGUGUAUUAAUUAAUAAUGCAAUUCAAGCUAAAAAAUUCUGUAAAUUUAAAUAAUUUUGAAUGUUAAAUUAUGGCAUUGUGAAAAAUUUAUGUAAAUAUAUUGCAUAUUUAGUACAUACUGCAGCUUUUUAUAUACAUUGCUGAACAAAAAUAUAACUGGGCUGGUUUUUGUUAAUA